AUGGUAAGGAAUAAUCCUACUAUAUUCUUCACCCAGUAUGAUCAGUAUAAGACCCCAGUGGAGAACAUCGGGCUCCAGGAUUCCUUGCUUUCCCGGUUUGAUCUGCUCUUCAUUGUUCUGGAUCAGAUGGAUCCAGAUAGCGAUCGGGAGAUCUCGGAGCAUGUGCUGCGGAUGCAUCGAUACAGAGUGCCGGGAGAGCAGGAGGGAGCAGCAAUGCCGCUGGGAAGUACAGUAGACGUAUUCGCCACAGACGACCCAAACAUCACAGAAGCAGCUGAGCAGGAGCUACAGAUCUAUGAGAAAAAAGACACUGUCCUGCAUGGCCACAGGAAGAAAAAAUUGAAAGUCUUCAAGGCGGUUCUACUGAAGGCCUUCAAGGUGACCCGGUCUCAGUCUGUGGCAGUGCCUGAUCUUCUGACUCACAUUAACAAAGGCCAGGACGAGGAGUUUGACCAGACCGAGAUUAACCUUCUGCUGGAGCGCAUGCAGGAUGACAACCAGGUCAUGCUCUCAGAGAACGUGGUGUUUCUCAUCUAAAGGAUUGUCAAUGGACAGCUGCAGCUUUUGUGAAUUCAGAAAUGUAGAUUACAUUGCAAUUAUUUAUAUGCCAGCACUUUAUUACAGACAGUAACAAAUUACUAAUAAAUUGUGUGAGCAUUAA